UACUCAAGAAAUCUAGCUAGCAAGCAGCAGUUUCUUUGAGUAGCUCCCACUUUCUUGCUGGACCCGAUCGAGAUGGCAUCGCCCCUUCCGCGUUGCAUGGCCUUGGUGGUGCUCGUCGCCGUUGCAGCGGCGGCAACUUCCGCUUCUGCUCAGCUGAGCACCACCUUCUACGACACCAUCUGCCCCACCGCACUCUCCACCAUCAAAGCUGCCGUGGUGAGCGCCGUCCAGACGGAGGCCCGCAUGGGUGCCUCCCUCCUCCGUCUCCACUUCCAUGAUUGCUUCGUUCAGGGCUGUGAUGCUUCGGUUCUGCUGGACGACACUGCGACCUUCACCGGCGAGAAGACGGCCGCACCUAACAUGGGCUCCCUCCGUGGCUUUGAGGUGAUCGAUGCCAUCAAAUCUGCCGUCGACAAGGCGUGCGGUGCGAGUGUGGUAUCAUGUGCCGACAUCCUCUCCGUUGCUGCUCGUGAUUCAGUAGUUGCGCUGGGUGGACCAUCUUGGAACGUACCACUAGGAAGGAGAGAUUCCACAACAGCCAGUCUGAGCAGUGCUAACACCGACCUGCCGUCGCCUUUUUCAAGCCUCGCCACCCUGAUUGCUGCGUUCCAAGCAAAGGGGUUCAACCAGCAGGAACUAGUGGCGCUCUCCGGUGCACACAGCAUCGGCCAAGCGAGGUGUGUGCUGUUCAGGGACCGCAUCUACAACGACACCAAUAUUGCGCCCCUCUUCGCCACCACGCGCCAAUCGCAGUGCCCUCGCUCCGGCGGCGAUAACAACCUCGCCCCCUUGGAUGCCUCGACCCCAUAUCGGUUCGACAAUGCCUACUACCUCAACCUGUUGGUCAAGAGGGGUCUGCUUCACUCGGACCAGGAGCUCUUCAAUGGCGGAUCUGCUGAUGCACAAGUCAGGACCUACAGCCUCAGCCCUUCGAUUUUCUCCACAGAUUUCGCUGCUGCCAUGGUGAAGAUGGCCAGCCUCAGCCCCCUCACCGGCAGCAACGGCCAAGUGCGUACCAACUGCAGGAAAGUUAACUAAGAAGGAACUAGCUAGUCGUCUCCAGUUUGUGUGCGGCUAACGUGCGAAUAUGCAUGAGCCAAUGUUUUUCUUCCUUUUUUUCUCUCUCUUUUCUCUACUAUGCAUGAGCCAAUGUCUGUGUUUUUUCCUCUACAUGGAAGAAGCCAUUUUUGUAAUGUCAAUCUAAGUUCAAC